UUCACCUUCUGCUUCAACACACAUGCGUCUCUCAAAAUCUCUCCGCCCUAGAUCCAUUUCUCUCAUAAACAGGCACUGUUAAACCCUUCGAUUUCUCCUCGUUUCUCCGGUUUUCUUUUUCACGGAAGGCUCCAUUUUCCUCCCCUUGUUUCUAAGUUUUCCUGCAAAUUACUCAAUUUUACAUUUGCUUCUGGUAUUUCUCUCUCUCUCUCUCUCCACUCUCUUGAAAAGGUACUUGCUUUAUGCAGAUAAGCUCUUGGUUCUUGAGAAUCCUGGGGUUUUUCUUCUCAACUCGAAUUAAUAAUGCCUGAAAUCUUCUUCUUGAUCUGGGCACAUUUUGCAAAUUGAGGGAAAAAAAUCAUUUUUUUUCUGGGUCAGUGUUAUCCUAGUUCUAGGGUUCCGUAAUUUCGACUUUUGUUGUUGGUGGUCUGGUUCUUUCAUGUGGUCCACUCCAUUAGCUGCGAGAAGUGACGUUUGGUUGGGUUUUUGGAAGAAUUGAUGAAUCUCAAAGGAGAAUUUUGUUUCUAGUAUUGGAAAUUUCUGGGUCAAAUUGAGAGAUGGGUUGUGUUUGGUGUAAGCCCUCUGCUAUCGAAGAUAGCAAAGAUAGUCCAAGAGAGAGAUUCUCAAACAAAUCCUCUUCUGAGUUUAGAGUAUCAAGACCGGUUACUUCUUCUAGAAGAGAAGAGCCUAUUAGGACAAAGGAACGGCCUGAUGUUGUUAGUGUAAGACCAGUGUUGAGUGAUAAUAAGCAAGCUAAUGUUUCGAUGCAUUUGCGUGGGGAGAAUUUGAGUAGUAGAAGAGAGAAGAAGAAGAUAGAGAAUGUUGCAACUUCAUACCUUCCAAUGGGUAUUACCAUAGCAAAAGCAGCUGAAGGUGAGUAUGUAGCUGCAGGUUGGCCUCCAUGGUUGGCUUCUGUAGCUGGAGAAGCUAUCAAAGGAUGGGUUCCACGCCGUGCGGAUUCUUUUGAGAAGUUGGACAAAAUUGGUCAGGGUACUUACAGUAAUGUAUAUAGAGCUCGGGACCUGGAUCAGAAGAAAAUUGUGGCUUUGAAGAAAGUUAGGUUUGAUAAUUUGGAGCCUGAAAGCGUGCGUUUUAUGGCAAGAGAGAUCCAGAUAUUGCGCCGGCUUGAUCAUCCUAAUAUCAUAAAGCUAGAAGGCUUAGUUACAUCAAGAAUGUCUUGCAGCUUAUAUCUUGUUUUCGAGUACAUGGAACAUGAUCUAGCAGGACUAGCCUCGCAUCCCGCAAUAAAAUUUUCUGAAUCACAGGUUAAAUGCUACCUGCAGCAGCUGUUGCACGGACUAGACCAUUGUCACAGUCGUGGUGUACUUCAUCGGGACAUAAAAGGCUCAAACCUUCUAAUUGAUAAUAGCGGAGUUUUAAAGAUUGCUGACUUUGGUUUAGCUAGUUUCUUCGAUCCUCGUCAAACACAGCCUUUGACCAGCCGUGUGGUAACUCUUUGGUACCGGCCACCUGAACUUUUGCUUGGAGCAACUCGCUAUGGAGCUGCAGUUGAUUUGUGGAGCACUGGUUGUAUUCUUGCUGAACUAUAUGCAGGCAAGCCUAUUAUGCCUGGUAGAACCGAGGUGGAACAGCUGCACAAGAUUUUCAAGCUAUGUGGCUCGCCUUCCGAGGACUAUUGGGUAAAAUCAAGGUUGCCUCAUGCAACAAUCUUCAAGCCUACACAGCCAUAUAAACGCGUAGUGGAUGAGACAUUCAAGGAGUUUCCUCAGCCAGCUUUAGCUCUUCUUGAAACUCUUCUUUCAGUUAAUCCUGACGAUCGUGGAACUGCCAACUCAGCUCUCCAGAGUGAGUUCUUUUCCACUAGACCUCUUCCAUGUGAUCCUUUAAGCUUGCCUAAAUAUCCUCCCAGCAAAGAGCUUGAUGCAAGGAUGCGGGAUGAAGAAAGUAGAAGACAAGUUGGAGGAAACAGGGACCACCAAAGACACCAAGAAAGGAGAGGAACUAAGGAAUCUCGAGCCAUCCCAGCACCUGAUGCAAAUGCAGAGCUGGUUUCAUCAAUGCAGAAAAGGCAGAGCCAGUCUACUAAUAGAAGCCGAAGCGAGAAGUUUAAUCCACAUCCUGAAGAAGUUGCAUCUGGUUUCCCAAUCGAUCCACCAAGGCCAUCAUCGCAAGCAUUUGAACCAAACAGAGAAUCUCAGGGCAACAUUAUUAUUCCUCACAAGAGAGCUUCACAUUCCGGACCUCUAUCGCGUAGAUCUGCUUCCGCAAAGGGUAGAAGGCAUUACCAACAAGAUCCUCAGAAAGUUUCAUCUGUAGCUGCUGAUUACUCGGCAAUGCCUGGUUUUGCUGCAACAAGAACAGGCGCAUCGCAACAAGAGACUUGCAGAGGAAUGACUCGGCUUCCAGGUUCCUUCAAAGAAACCUCUGAUGAAACAAACCAAGAAGAGAAUGGUAGAAGCAACAAGAAAGACCCAAUUCUUUUGGGUUACGGAUCAAAAGGGCACAAGAUUCAUUAUUCAGGACCGUUGGUGGUUCCAUCAGGAAACAUGGAUCAGGUGUUAAAAGACCAUGACCGCCAUAUCCAAGAAGCUGUGAGAAGAGCGCGAAUCGAUAAGGCUCGAGUUAGGAAACUUCAUGCUGAGGAAGCAUCGAGCCAACAAUUCCCAACCAAUCAUCCCUCAUCUGUUUCUAGUCGUUGAUCCAUCAAAAGAGGCAAAAGUAUAUUAUCAAACCCAAACCUCAUUUGCCUGAAACUUUUUAACACGGCGUAUUUUGAGUGAAAAAAAUAAUGUAUUUUAUUGAUUCAAGAUUAUAUAUCAUAGAAUCAAAUCUUGUCACGUCGUAGUUCCUGAUUUGGUUUCCUGUAAUGUCAUAAUACUUUAUUAAAAGAGAGAUGUAGAAACAGGUUAUAUAUCUUAUAAUC